CAUUUUGACUGAAUGAUCACGUAUAAUUGCUAAACUUAUAAAGGUUUACGUUUGACAAAUUAAGAGUGCAUCCACUAACAUUUUAUGAUGUUAUUCAAGACAAAUAAAUUUAUUUCUAUCCCCUUCGGUCACAAAAGAAUCUCAAAGGGCUUCAUAGGUGCACAGCUCACAAAGAUCAACAGAAUUGUCCCUUCGCCCCUCUUGGACAGGAGAGAGAAGAAGAAGCAUUAAAACAGGCCAAAAUGUUCAUGUCGGGUGGUAAGGCAGGCCGAGAGACUUGUUGCACACUGGGGGGCAGGGAUUUAAACAUUUCUACAGUGCUAGCUGCUCUCAUUUUCACAGGUGGGUACUCCGGAGAACUGGAUCCCGGAUAGAAAAUGCUCUUGGACCUGCUGACUUCUUUGCACACAGUGACUUUCUAAAUACCCCACACCUCAUCCAAUUUGUCUUGCUAUUCGAAGUCGGUGGGCAAAGCAACUGUUCUGUUGGGUUGGCUAAACACUGAUAAGCAGGGGGUCAGUGGAACACUCUCAUAAUCCUUCAAGCACAUCUAGAGAGCGCAAAUAUGCACGAGAAGGAGGGGAGAGAGAAAGAGAAGGGGAGGAGACACUGCAGUGCAGCUUGAGGGACUCACCAUGGCAAGCUUUAGGGCAUGGCGAAGGAGAACUGAGAGCAAGAGCAGGACUUGACACAUGGCGGGGAAAUAUUUGCAGAGUUUACAGAGGGCAUCCCAACAUCUCAAAAAGGCCCAAAAGGACAACUCAAGACACUGUUGACGGCAAUGCACCACUAGCUCUUUAAGUUGGUCUUCAUCUUUGAGAAGUGAACAAGAAGCUGAAUGAGGGAGGAAAGUGCAUCACGCACUUUGAGUCUCACGCUCUCUGAGACCCAAACACACACCUGUGACAGCAGCAAACACGUCCAAGGGGAAAUGCAGCUCCAGGCUUGCACAGACACUGAGGAGAAGAAGAUGGACCCAGUGCAGAAGGCCGUGAUCAACCACACCUUCGGAGUUCCACUGGUCAAGACCAAGAGGCCGGUCAUUUCCUGUAACGUCUGUCAGAUCCGCUUCAACUCAGAGAACCAAGCUGAAGCCCACUACAAAGGAAACCGCCAUGCCAGGAGAGUCAAAGGCAUCGAGACCUCAAAGAGUCGCUGUCAAGAUGGCGACAAGCCUCAGACUGUGACCCCCACCACCUCGCCAUCUCCUGCAGGAGCCCUGGGCACUGCCUCUGAGGGCGAGACCAGCAAACAAGAUGAAACACAGUCUCUGUUAAACGGGACCCCGCUUGCUGCCGGACCGCUCCCCCGUCAGAGCAGCCCAUCUCACCCACCCGCAGAGCCGCCCUCCAUAUGUCCCGCCGCACCCACGGGCUCCACUUCUUCCUCUUUACCGAACAUCCUCAACUUAGAGCCGCCCCUGAUCUCAGCAUCUACGGGACCCCCGGCCUCCGGCAGCCCGCCCAGCCCGGAGACGGAAGAGGCCAAGGCAAAGAAGCUGCUGUACUGCUCCUUAUGCAAGGUGGCUGUCAAUUCCUUGUCGCAACUUGAGGCUCACAACAAAGGUACCAAACACAAAACAAUUUUGGAGGCUCGUAGUGGGCUGGGCCCCAUCAAGGCAUAUCCACGCCUGGGUCCCAAGCCCAGUGGGGAGCAGGGAGGCGGCCCGGUGGACCCCAACACUCAGGAAAGAACCUUCCACUGUGAGAUCUGCAACGUGCGGGUCAAUUCUGAACUGCAACUCAAACAGCACAUAUCAAGUCGAAGGCACCGAGACGGCAUGGCGGGCAAGCCAAACCCCCUCCUCAGCCGGCACAAGAAGCACAGGGGAGCCGACCUGAUGUCUUCUCUGACAUUCACCAAGGGUCUCACCAAAGCGUUGGGGGCCGGUCUGCUACCCAGCCCCUUAGCCGUCGCGGCGGCCAUGGCCGCGGCCGCUUCCACACACCCGCUGGCUCUCCGCGCAGCGGCUCCGGUGCCGCACCCGCAUCACCACCUUUUGCAAGGACCGACCCUCAGCCACGCCAUCUUGAGACCGGCCCCGGGGCCCAUCCGCACCACCCACGGGCCCAUCCUCUUCUCCCCGUACUGACACGUUACCCGCUGAUCGGGAUCAGCCACUCCAAAAGCACACUGUGAAGACACAAACAUGAUCCACAGACAACACCUGAUCUAAAAUAUUUAAAUAUGUACUGAGAGAAAAACUUGAGGGAGGAGCAAUCUCUCAUAUUUCCCUUUACCUGAAACCUUUCCUCCAUUUCUGAGACUUAGGUGUGAGCUGGAGAUGGAAGAGGUACAUAAUUAUUCCUGAUGCAUUGAACUUCCUGCUACAUCCCGAACCUUCGCAGUUCGCCUACUUUGCUCCCUUGCACUUUGUCCCAAUAAGCCACGUUUGCCCAAAUAGCUACAAAAGAAACACAUGUGCACCUCCAAAACCACACCGGGUUGUUUCUCUCCUCUUACCAUGACAAAAAUGUGCUCUUCGCAUCUUACUUAAAAAUAAUGUGGUUUUUAUUGAUCGCUUUGCUGAAAUAGUCAACUUUUGGUGUGCUCCACAUCGAGUAGAACAGUGGUAGCUUGUCAUAAUGCAACUCCUCUUUUUGUAACAACCACAUACAAUGCAAUGUCUGCUCAAAAGCAGGUGUGAGCUCCCUUGUCAUACCACGAGAAGCUGAAGAGAGAGAAGUGUAAGCGCAGAUUUUUGAUUGACCUUGGACACAUCUGUAUUUCAAAAAUAGAUUGCACCAGCAAAAACAUUUCCACCGGGCUGACCUCACAGAGGGUAGAAACAGUUCGGGACGUACAGUGGAACCUCUAAAUUGGAACAUAAUCAGUACAAGUUGUUCUUCCAAAUUGUUCACAUUCUUCAAAAAGAUAAACAACAUGCUCACAAAAAGGCCCGUAAAUGCCCCGUAAACCCAGUAUCUACCCAAACGACAACUAACUUUUUGUGAGUAGUGCAUGUGUUGAGACAAACCAUCAUUAACUCCACGGGUGAUUUAAAUUGUUUCAUUUGAACAUUCCUUACUGCAUGUCAUGCAA